GGUCCAUCCUUAGCCACUCCCAUUUUCCAAAGUCUCUGUCCUGUAGUAUAAGAAUCAAUCAACAAGAAGAUCAAGUGGUGAACGAGCCACUUGAAAACACUGCAUCAAAUCUCAAGCUCACUGUCUGUUCUUGAUUGUUGAACUCCAUCGUUCCAAUGGCUUCUUCAUCGAAAUCCACCGGGCCAUACGCGGUCUUCUUGAGUUUUAGAGGUACGGACGUGCGUAACAGCUUCGCUGGCCAUCUCUAUAACGCGCUAGUCUGGAAUGGAAUACACACUUUUCGAGAUAACGAAGAACUGAGGAAGGGGCAGGAUAUAUCGAUGGUCCUGAAAGCCAUCGAAGAAUCGCGCAUCGCAAUCAGCAUUUUCUCUGAGGAUUACACUUCCUCAUGGUGGUGCUUGGAAGAGGUGGCCAAGAUUAUGGAGUGCAAGGAGCAAAAUGACCUCAUCGUUCUACCAGUGUUUUAUAAAGUAGACCCAAAAGAAGUGAGAGGGGGAAGAGCGAGUUAUGCACGAGGCCUAGCUAAGCAUGAGUCUAAGCACAGAAAGGAUUCGAAGGAAAUGGAGAGAUGGAAGGAAGCCCUUCGGCAUGCCGGUAGCUUGUCCGGGUGGACUUUGAAUGAUGGAGAUGAUGAGUCGAAGCUUAUACAAGAUAUUGUGAGGAACAUCUCAACUCGCCUAAGCCAAACACCUUUACAUGUUGCUGACUAUCCGGUUGGGAUAGAGUCACGAGUGGCUGAGGUGAAAUCAAUGUUAAACCUUGAGUCUAAAGAUGAAGUUCUCAUGGUGGGAUUAUGGGGACAGGGAGGUAUCGGAAAAACAACUUUAGGGAGAGCCAUUUAUAAUGAUAUUUCCAGACAAUUUGACGGUUCAAGUUUUCUGGCAAAUGUUCGAGAAAGAUCAAAGGAUUGCAUGGGUUUAGUUACUUUGCAAGAACAAUUACUAAAGGAUGCACUAUUAUUGCAGGAAAGAUUAGAGGUGUCCGAUGUCGCUAGAGGUAUUAGUCUAAUACAACAAAGACUCCGUCACAAAAGAGUUCUUGUCAUCCUCGAUGAUGUGGAUCACUUGAACCAGUUACGUGCUUUAGCGGGGAAAAUCAAUUGGUUUGGCAAUGGGAGUAGGAUCCUUGUUACAACAAGAGAUAGCCAUUUGCCGACUCCCAGGUUAGAUUGGGAUCAUCUGUAUGAAGUUAAAGCACUGGAUAACGGUGAAGCUCAUGAGCUGCUUAGUAAGCAUGCUUUUCCUCCGCACCACAAAUUAAAAAUAAGGGAAGAUCUUGUGGAUGGUGUUUUGGAUCAUGCUAAAGGCCUUCCUUUAGCACUUGAGGUGUUGGGUUCCUUCUUAUGUGGUAGAAGACAAGAUGAAUGGGAAAGUGUGCUAGACGGCCUUUCUAGAAUUCCUACGAAAGACAUCAAUGAUGUGCUCAAAAUAAGUUAUGACGGACUAGAGGCAAAUGAGAAAGAGAUUUUUCUCCACAUUGCCUGCUUCUUUAAGGGAUGGGAUUUUGAUCACGUUAAGAAAGUUCUUGAUAGUUGUGACCUUAAUGCGGUAAUAGGAUUACAGAUUCUCACCGAGAGGUCCUUGAUAAGAACCGAGUUCGGAUACAUACAAGUGCAUGACUUGAUUCAAUUGAUGGGUAAAGAUAUCGUGAACCAAGAAUCCGUCGAUCUCAAGAGACGCAGCAGACUAUGGCUGUAUGAGGAUGUUCUUGAUGUUACGUCACACGACAUGGGAGAUUGUGACGUAAAGGCCAUAGUGUUGAAGCCACUUGUGCCAGUAAAGAUAUCUAUUGGUCAUGAUGCUUUUACAAAGCUGAGAAGGCUGAGAUUGCUCAUUCUGCGAAAUGUUUCUUUCCAAGGUCCUAUACCUCCUGAUUUGAACAUUUAUCUCCGUGGUGGAGAGAUGCCAGAGUGGGUCCAUCCUAUUAAACAGGAUUCCAUAUCUUUCUUGGCUUCAAAGGACUUGUAUGACAAGUUUCUUGGAUUGGCUCUCUGUUUCGUUGUUGCCAAAUAUGAUUGUCCGCAGUUUGAGAUUUUACCACAUGUUAAUGGCAAAAGGCGAGAUGGUAAAAAAGGAGAUGCCUAUUGGUGUUUGGAUUCGGAUGAUAUCUGGCUUCGGUAUUUCACACCGUAUGAUUUGUGGGGAGAAGUUGAUUUUGGUCACAUUGAUGGGAAUUAUGUGCAAUUUAGCCUUACAGUAUUGACAACUUAUGUGAAAAAAUGGGGAUUCCGAACAAUAGCCAAGUCACAAGAGGACGAUUUAAAGGGUGUGCAUCUAGAUCCACCGUCCCUCUACGAGUUUGAUCAUCGACUCAAUAUAUCGGAAGCUGAGAGUUCACUUAUGCACGAAGAUACUUCGAGCAAAGCAGACCCUUGGAAAGACUUGCCAGAUCGUGCCAAAAAACUGCCGAGGAAACUAUCUGCCAAUGAAUCUAGCUUUAAUAAUGAGGUUGGUAAUGACUCAACAUAUCCAGAAGCCGAGACUUCACUAUCUGUUAAUGAAUCUAGCUUUGCUAAUGAGGUUGGUCAUGACUCAACAUUUCAAGAAGCCGAGGGUUCACAUAUGCACCAAGAUUGUCAGAUUAGUAUUGAGGAACAAAGUGAAAUAGGAUCAAAGAGAAAGCACACGCUUAUUCUCCCUCAAGGCUGGCUGCAUUUGUAG